CAUCCAUUCGCUGCAGAAACGCUUCGACACAAUCGGUGGCAGUCAUGGUGCCUGGAGUGCUGAUGAAGAGAAGCGGCUGAAGCGGGCCGUCCAGCAGUACCUGGAGACCCAGAGUAACACCGAUGGUUCCGGUGUGACCCGAGACCAGCUUUACAAACAACUUCCAUGGAGAGAAAUCAGCAAGAAGGUCCAGACUCGGUCCUGGGUUCAGUGUCGCCACAAAUGGCUCUUCAUUCUGGAGCACCGCAUGAACAUUUACAGAAACGCCUUCAACAGAGGAGCUGAAAGUUACUCGGCCAAAAUCCGCCUCAUUAACACGUUGUACCACAGUGCUGUGGAGGAUGCAGCUGACAUCAACUGGGAGGAGAUUGCUGAGACCGUAGGUACGAUGAGUCCAUGGGGCAUCCAGCGGAUCUUCACCAGGCUGAAAGUACGAAAAGUUCCACAUUUCCAAUCUUUGUCAUUUGGGGAGAUCAUGGACUUCCUGUACCACCACCUGGUUCCGGUUCUGCAGGAGAAGCUGAGCUCCUGCAGAAAAAAGGAGCAGCUACAGGAGCAGCAGCAGCAGGACCGAUACCAGCUGUCAGACAUCUUUAACUCUGACGUUGAAGACGAGGACAACAGCUGAACACUAUCAGAACACAGGCCCCGCCCCCAUUUGUGAAUAGGAGGGGCUUAAGCCUUGACAGGAAGUGGACAGAUUUUUUGUUUAUAAAUUCUCCAUGUAUUGAAAAGAUUCAGUUUUUUAAUUAAAUGUGUUUCCUGGUUGAGGCGUUCGGGUCUGAUCAGCACCAUCA